UCGAUCCGAACAUGGCAUUCUUCAUCCUCUUCAUCUGCAUCUCCUCCCUCCUCUUCUCCUCACCUUCAGCACUCCCCACAUUGCCAGAAACCUCCGAUCCUUCCAUCGAAUCGCCACCAUCGCCAUUUCCAGUACCCGAACAAAAUUCCGGGCUUUCGGGUUCUCCGGAACCCGCUCCGCCCGUUCCGCCAGUCACCGCUCCGAAUCAGCCAAUUGGGCAACAGCCAGCUGCAGGGGAUUUGCAGCAGGAUCAACAGCAGCAGUUAGAUGCUACUGUAAAUGGAGUCAGCAAUCAAGAACAAGAUCAGGGGCAGCUGCAGCCUAGUGCUGGAAAUGUGCAGCCCGGCGCUGGAGCCUUGCAGCCUAAAGCUGGCGGGUUGCAGUGGCAGGGGCAGCAGGCACUGGGAUUUGGGGCGCAGCCUUUGAUUGACAAUACUCCUUUUGAUAGUGGGAGCUCAGGGAUGAGGCGGGUUGUUUGGUUUAUGCAUGUGCUCUCGCUUUGGUUUUGUUUGUGGUCUAAAAGAUUAACAUGGUGUUCUUGUGUGAUGUUUUAAUUCUUAGGAACAAAAAAAAAAAGUGAUGAUUAUGCUGUGAUUUCCUAAAGUAUAAGAGAAAAAUAUUGUGUUAUCAUGUUACGAACUCGGUGCGGUGUGGCUUGUGAAAGAGUCCGAACAUUUCAUAAUGUUGCUGAUUGAUGUUUAUAUAUACCCCCUGUAGUAUCACAGCCUUCGAGCGUGACCUCGAGUUUCACUACCGCAACCGCUCCCUCUGGCUGGCCUGCACCAACCUUGAGAUGAAGAACAAAUUCAUCAACCAUGCAAGAAACAUGCAUAUUCGACCGUGCAGCUAAGUCUACUAUCGAGAAUCGAUCAGUCGCGGUACAGAUACCUUCAUAAUGAGGAACUGCUUGGUAAUUUAGGCGUCACGAGGCAUGCAGUUGUUAGAACGCUGGAUGGAUUGCGAGGGCGAGAGCGGUUUAUGAACGGGCGGUCGAUCCGUCGACGGAUGUUGAGG